AACAGUCCCGAGGCUUAUUUACAUACGAAUGGCAGUGGGUUGUUGGUACUCGAUGGUGGUGUAAAAAUAAUGACGAUUUUCAUAAGUUUUAUCCGAUAUUAGACCAUGAUGUCGUCGGACAGCGAAGUAGAUGAAUUUUAUGAUGCCGAGGAUGCGACUCCAAGACCGACUUUUGGCACGAAUAUUCCUCAUACCAAGGUCCCUCAGUCAAGAAACAGUUUGGAAGAACAGGAGAGAAAACUGAUUGAGUUAAAAAAAAAACAAGAAGAAAGGAGAAGACAAGAAGAUGAGGAAUAUCAACAAAUGUUGUUGGACCUGGAAGAAAAGAAGAGAAUGGAGAAGAAGCAGGAGGAAGAAAAGAAGCUGAAAGAAGCUGAGAAACGAAGAAGGAAAUUAGAAAAUAUGAGACAAAAAAUCUCUGAUGAAAACAUAAGUAUAGAAUGUGAUUCAGACUUAGAACAAGAUGAAUCUGAGAAAUUUACGAGAGAGUAUGAUUCCGACUCAUCGAACGAGACCCAGGACUCACCCGAUGAUACUGUAGACUCUUACAACCGUUUAGAAGUCGGUAAACGAUUAACGUUCAGUGAAAACAUGGACAUUUCUCAUCCCAACAAAGUCAAAAUGGAAAAAGAAAUUCCGGCUUUGGAUAUGGACGAGUUUUUAUCGGGAUCGGAUGAUAUUGUGGAUAAGCUGUUGCUAGACAACCAGGUUUGUAGCGGAAGCAAUGAGCCUGACAUUGUACGCAGCACCAGGACACCCCCCAACACACUGACAUCACUUCCUCCCUCUGUAAUGGACCAAUUAGCUUCUCCGAAUUCCCACUCACUAUCCCUUCCUCCACCAGGUGGAGCUUCACAACCUAGAGCCCCUCCACGGAGACGGAGAAAGGAAAUGGAGCACUGCAAUGAUGGGCUGUUAAGCAGGGCCAGCACACCAGAAUGGGACAACAGGGACUCAACAUCUCUUCCCUUGUCUUCUCCCUCUCCUGAUAACGGACCAGAAGUGGACAACUUCCUCGAUCUCCGAGACUGUAUAGGGGGCAGACGACACAUCAAAAUGGAGGAUGCAGAGUUGCAUGCUAUUAAUUCAGAUCAAUCUCGGCCAAGAUCUGCAACAAGCAGUAGAUCCAGCUCACUGGGACGUUCAGAGUCUCGCUCGAAAUCGGGGUCAGGGGGUCGACAAUCAAUGAGUGCACCAUCACAGGGCCGAAAAACUGGAUCUCUGGGCAAGGCUGACAUGAAGUCCAGUUCACUAGGAAGAAGUGAAAGUAAAUCCGCUUCUGGGUCUUUGGGACGAAGUGAAAGUAGGUCAGGCACAACUUCAUUAGCACGAAGUGAAAGUAAGACACACAAGAGUGAUGAGGGACAGUAUCAAAGCAGGAAAUCUAAUUUGCCCAGAAAAAGUUCUAAUGUGUCUAGAAAAUCUUUGGAAAGGGAAAGAAGAAAAUCUGGAGACAGAGAGAAGAAAUCGUCGAAAGAUUCAUCUCGUUGUUCAUCACCGAACACAGAGGAACCUGAGUUGCCAGUUGGUUACAGGCCGAGGUCCAACUCUGGGAGGACACUAACGGAUGAGGAAAUAUUGGAGACUGUGUUGGUAUUGAACUUGGAUACAGGAGAAAAAGUUCCUCUCAGCAUUGCUGAGGAGAAAAUCCCAAAGUGUAUCAACCCACUGACUCUUCACAUAAUGAAAAUCACCAACGAAAUGGAUGGAGAGGGUAAGGAUUUAAGCGAAGAGGGGGCACGUGGGGAGGAGGACAGUAAAUCUCUGGCGGAGGAGACCGGUGUCCGAAAGAAAGGAUUGAAGUUUAAGAAAUUCCUGGAAAAGAAGAUGAAGAAAAAUGUGGAUAAACUCAAAACAGCUGCAGAUCAAGUGAUACAUGGAGAUGAGACAGGUAUUGAAGAAGAGGUCAAUGUUGAUGGAAAAAUCUUCAAGUUGAAAGCUCAUCAUAAAGGCACCAAAGAAUAUAAUCAGCUUAAAAUGCUGCAGGACAUGAGUGGUGUUCAUACGGAAGUGGACGAUGAUCUUGACUGUACUAUGACUGAGGCAGGAGCUGUAUGGACAAUGAAAUUCUCACCCUGUGGUAAACUUCUGGCAACAGGAGGACAAGACAACAUGCUGAGGAUCUGGGUCCUCAAGGCUGCCUAUCCUCACUUUGACGACAUGAGAACAAAAUACGCUGAUGUCCGAGUUUCUCCAACACAUUCUCAUGAAAGCCUCAACUCCAUAGUGUCGGAAAAUUCCGUAGGAGACUUUCUCACUCAGGCCCAAAUGAUGUCGGACGAGGAUAAGGAUGGCCCCUUUAUGUCGCGCCCGCUAUGCGUCUUCAGAGGCCACGCCUCCGAUGUGUUGGAUGUCUCCUGGUCUAAAAAUUACUUCAUCUUAUCGUCAUCGAUGGAUAAAACAGUCCGGCUUUGGCACAUUUCUCGGAGGGAGUGUCUAUGUAUAUUCCAGCAUAUCGACUUUGUGACUGCUAUUGUAUUCCAUCCAAAGGAUGAUCGUUAUUUCCUUAGUGGAUCGUUGGAUGGUAAGUUACGACUCUGGAAUAUCCCGGAAAAGAAAGUUACAAUGUGGAACGAGGUUUCCAGUCUAAUCACGACCGCCAAUUUCUGUCACAAUGGGAAGUUUGCAGUUGCUGGAACUUAUGAUGGCAAAUGUAUAUUCUAUACCACUGAGCAAUUAAAAUACUACACUCAGAUCCAUGUGAGAUCAACCAGGGGCAAAAAUGCCAAGGGAAGCAAAAUCACUGGAGUGGAACCAUUACCUGGAGAAGAUAAGAUCUUGGUCACUUCCAAUGACUCCAGAAUAAGGCUGUAUGAUCUCAGGGAUUUGACCUUGACCUGUAAAUACAAGGGUUGCACAAAUAACAGUAGUCAAAUCAAAGCCAGCUUUAGUCCCAAGUCCAAGUACCUGAUCUGCGGUUCAGAGGACCACUUUGUGUACAUCUGGAAGACACAACACGAGUUCUAUAAAUUCUCCUCAGCCAGGAGGGAUCGGAAUGGCUACUGGGAGGCAAUUAAAGUUCACAAUGCCACGGUCACAGCAGCUGUUUUUGCUCCCAAUCCAUCACUCUUCAUCCGCUCCAAGAAACUGGAAUCAGACUCGAGCAAGGAGACGGAGGAGACGCCCAGACAGGUGAUUGUUACGGCGGACUUUACAGGUGCUAUAAAAGUCGUUCUAAAUCUUGGACCAAAACCAACGUAAACUCUCGAACAGCUAUAUAUUAAAAUGUUGUGUAAUUUCUUAGAUGUUCUAAAACUAAUGUAGCUGAUUGUGCUAUGUCCAUUUUGUUUAAAUAUAGUAUACAUGAAAAUGAUGGAUAGAAAUUAUAUUCAGGUGUAUGUAUUCAACAGAAGAUUUCUUUACAGGUAUAUUUUUAAAGUAUUGUAUUAUCCUAACAUCCAGAGGAAUAUAUUGAAUGACAAAUAUGAGACGGUUAUGUAAGCGAAAUCGGUCGUAUGUUAUAUAUAGUGUAGAUAUUGUAUAGAAAAUGAAACUAGAAAAACAGAUUACCUAUUAUAACAAGGCUAUAUUACUAUAAGAAAUAAGAAAAGUGGGACAUCCCUUUAGUUAUGUUCUUUAUUGUAUGAUGCAGAGCUGACAGUUAGGUCAAUGAACCUCUUGUUCACGUAAGAGUUUUACACUUGUUAAAAUAUGCCGUUGGAAUUUGAUACAUCUGAAACCAUGUUUUCACUGAUUUUGGUUGAUGUUUUACCACAUAUACGUUUUAUAAUUUAGACCUUCUUUUACGAACAAAAACUCAUCUGUUGCUGCAUUAAUUUGAGGUUAAAUUGACUAUAUAUUGAGUUGUCUGAUCAAACACUAUGUCUCAGGGAAGAACUAAAACAGGUUCUUGUUGAAUGCAAUAUACAUCUGACACUCUCUCACUGAUAUCAUAGAUUUAUAUUCAUGUCAAAUAUUUCAGUUCUUUUUCAAAGGACAAUCCUUUGAAUUUGUUAUUGAAAGAAGUACGUAGUGUUUCAUAAGUUUGUUGACUUUGCUCAUUAACACUUUACAUUUUUGUAAAGGUCCAUUGAUGUAUAUAACUACUUGUAUGUUCGACCUCUAUGUAAGGAUUGUUUCAGUACUUGACACUUGGCAGAUAUUUAAUCCUACAAACAUACUGCAUGGUGCUUGUUGAUUCUGCUAAAACAAAACAUACUGUAUUAAAUUGUGAUAUCUAUCAGCAGGCCAUAUAGAUAUCUACUACACAUACUGUAAUUGUACUAUUUAUCAGGCUAUAGAUAUCUACUACACACACUGUAAUUGUACUAUUUAUCAGCAGAAUUUAUUUAUCUACUACACAUACUGUAAUUGUACUAUUUAUCAGCAGGCUAUAGAUAUCUACUACACACACUGUAAUUGUACUAUUUAUCAGCAGAAUUUAUUUAUCUCCUACACAUACUGUAAUUGUACUAUUUAUCAGCAGGUUAUAGAUAUCUACUACACACACUGUAAUUGUACUAUUUAUCAGCAGAUUUUAUAUAUCUACUACACAUACUGUAAUUGUACUAUUUAUCAGCAGGUUAUAGAUAUCUACUACACACACUGUAAUUGUACUAUUUAUCAGCAGAUUUUAUAUAUCUACUACACAUACUGUAAUUGUACUAUUUAUCAGCAGGCUAUAGAUAUCUACUACACACACUGUAAUUGUACUAUUUAUCAGCAGAUUUUAUAUAUCUACUACACAUACUGUAAUUGUACUAUUUAUCAGCAGGCUAUAGAUAUCUACUACACACACUGUAAUUGUACUAUUUAUCAACAGAUUUUAUAUAUCUACUACACAUACUAUAAUUGUACUAUUUAUCAGCAGGCUAUAGAUAUCUACUACACAUACUGUAAUUGAACUAUUUAUCAGCAGAUUUUAUAUAUCUACUACACAUACUGUAAUUGUACUAUUUAUCAGCAGGUUAUAGAUAUCUACUACACACACUGUAAUUGUACUAUUUAUCAGCAGGUUUUAUAUAUCUACUACACAUACUGUAAUAUGAGUAUAUAUGAGCAGGCUAUUAUCGAUAAGAUAUCUUAUACAUUAAAGAUACUAAUAUACACCGAGUAUUUACUGAAUCUGAAUGAAAUAGGUCACUCAACAAUCAGCUGAAUAAACAUCUCAGUAUAUAAAACAAUCUUUUACUAGAAAUAUAUAAUAUCCUCAAGGAAGAGUUUUGAAUAAAUAAAAUUUAGUAUUCUGUCUUUUUCAGUAUGCCUAUUAAAUGUAAUUUGGAUUGAAAGUCUGAUUUCACUUAAGUUAGAUUUAGAUUAUAGGAUAUGACAUUAAUCUACACAGCUGUUCAACUAAAACGUCUUUUCAAAAAUUCAUAAAAUCAAACAAGAUCAUGACGACAUACCCUUUUAUUUAUUAAGAAUGUUGGAGGAUAAACAUAAUUCUAUUUUCAGAAUUAUAUUUUAUAUCUUUACAAGCCGAGGGGAUCAGGGUCCACUUCUCUCCCUGUUGUAUAGGAGCGGGUCCUAAACUUUUGUAAGGCUGUCGAAGAUGUGUGAUACAGGAUUUAUUAAGGGCUUUUCAUUUUAUAUGAUAGCAUAAAGAACUGCAGUGUAUGUAUUAUUUUGAGAAAUCGUUUAUGUCAUGCACUGAGGGUAUCAAUAUGAACAUGAUUGAUUUGUGAUAUUUAUUUCUAGUCGGACAGAUUAAUAAUAUAAACAUACCAAUUAA